AUGGAGGUUGAUGAUUUUUUCAACCCUCAUGGAGGUAGCACCACCAACUCCUUCUCUCAUUCUCAACCAACCAUAACUGAGUUGAGUGCUCAGAUGGCUCAGCUCCUACAUAUGCAGACUUUGGCCCCGAAUCUGAUCCUGAAUCAGGAUCCUAUUUUGAUGACCCCGAAACCCGAUCUGGAAUUAGGAUCCUAUUUUGAUGACCCCGAACCUGACCCCGACUAUGAUGACGACGACCCCGACCUCAACUUCAAAGACGACCCCGACCCCACUCCGACGAUGACCCUGACCCCAAAUUUGUCUUUGAUUCAGACCCCGACCCCGAUUUCGACUCCGACUCUGGCCCCGACUCAGGCUCAGAUCCCGAUCCAAAUUCCUACUCAACCUAUAAUUGAUUCCGGUGCAACUGAUCAUAUGACGUUUGAUCUUGAUGAUUUUCUAAAUACUACACAACCUAGACGAACCUGUAUUGCAAAUGCCAAUGGCGUUACUUAUCUUGUGACGGGGGCUAACACUGUUGCACUCUCAUCCUCUCUCACACUGUCUAAUACUUUACUUGUUCCAUCUUUAUCCACUAAAUUGUUGUCAGAUAUUCACACUAAGGAGAUUCUUGGUCGUGAUACUAAGAGAGGGGGGCUAUAUUAUGUCAAUGACUUCAAUCCCGGCGUGGCUAACAGUGUGACGCAUCCCUUUGAUAGUAAACAGAAGCAAAUAUGGUUGUGGCACCAUCGAUUGGGACAUCCGUCUUUUAGUUAUAUGAAGCAUCUUAUACCAGAUUUAUUCUCAGGUUUCAAGGACUCUGACUUCACAUGUGAUACUUGA